UCAGCUUCACAAGGGAAGGAAGAGCAAGACGACGUGGAAGAAUUCGAGAGUGUCCGGACAGCGCCAAUCAUCUGGUUGAGGAACACACGUGGAUAAAGACACAUUCAAAAGUUUUGAUUACAAGACUUUACCAGACCAUGGCGGCAGCUAAACCCACUAUCCAGGUAGCCGCUGGGCAGUGGAUGCCCUUCGGAGCAUCAAGACUCCAGGCAAAUGGAACAUACAUGAUAGAAGGACCUAUGAGAUACCUAUUAGAAGUUCUCUCCCACCACAUGAACUUUGAGUACGAGGUGGUUCCCCCGCCUGACGGGAUGUGGGGCGUGAAGCAGCCUAAUGACUCCUGGACAGGCAUGAUAGGGCAGAUCCAAAGGCAGGAGGUGCAGCUCGCCGUGGGUCCCUUUACCGUCACACCUCAAAGGAUGACCGUCAGUGACUUCUCAAUACCUCUCCUACAUGAGAACUGGGCCAUCAUCACCCCCAGGCCAGGAGUCAAGAGUGAUAUAACAGGUUUCAUCAAACCUUUCACUCUACAGGUGUGGUUGUUGAUCCUGGCCAGCUUGGUGAGUGUGAGCAUGGCCAUGGUGUGUGUGGCUUGGGCUGAGACUAAGAUCUUCAGGAUGGUAGUCAAGAACAUUAUCUCUAAGGCUCUCAUGUGGAUCGUUCAGACGCUCGCCCAAGAGAGCUCUGAGUGGCUGCCCAAAGAGGACGGAGGACGCCUCAUAGUGAUCACGUGGCUCCUGGCCUCCUUAGUGUUCAUGACCUCCUACGGUGGCAUCCUGACGGCCAUGUUGACGGUGCCUCGGGUUACCAUCCCCAUAGAUUCCCUGGCUGAUCUGGUGUCUCAGUCUGACCUACCCUGGCGUACUGUGUCUGGCUCCUUCAUGCUAACCUUCCUUGAGGAGUCUGAGUACGAGCUACACCAGAAGGCUCACAUGCAUCAAGGGCCGACCAUCAAGACCUGUCUGGCUGAGCGGCAGAACAUCGCUGAUGGUAAGUUGGCUGCCAUCUGCGACGACAUAUCCAUGCUGAAGGCCAUGGCUGAGGACUUCAGCACGACUGGAGAGUGUCAUCUGUACAUCACACGAGAGAAGGUGUUGAGUAACCUCUUCCUGUGCCUCGCCUUCCCUAAAAACUCCCCUUACCUCGCCAAGACAAACUACAUAGUACGGGUACUGUUGGAGGCGGGUUUGUGGGACAAGUGGCUGGGAGACCAACUGGCUAACUCCUCACACUGCCUCCGACACCCUAAGCUGGACCGUCGUCGGGGAGGUCAUCAACCUAUUGACAUGGGCUCCUUCAUCGGUCCUCUCCUCCUCCUACUCUUCGGUGCAGGAAUCGGACUAGUGGUAUUCCUGUGUGAGCAGUUAGUUCAUAAGUGUGUUCAUCAAUCACAGCCUUGAGCACCUUAACAACAGUGCGACACAGCCUCCAUCUUACCUUCUUGGCUCACCGCUCACUGUACUGGCCCACUCACCAUACCAGCCACCGCUAAUGUCAACACUCCUCACUCACCACCUAAGACAGACCUUGAGAUAAUGGGGGAACAUGGCGAGCACAGCUAUCCCACACAGCUGGGAGGUUUGUGGGGUCAUUUUGAGGUAAUUUUGCACUUGAUAUUAGGAGAUAUUAUGUAGUCAAUAAUAAUUACUUUUAACUCUUCGAAAAUGCCUGCAUUAAAGAAAACGUAUUGGAAUUUUCUGAUGAAAAGGGGGAUCCGAACCCCCAGGAACCCCCCUCCCCCCCCCAUGAAUCCACCCCUAACUGUAAGAUUAUUAUGCAUAUCUCAACACAACAAUAAAUAUCAGUCAUUAGUCUAUUAUUCAGCCGGUAAUGUAACAAAAAUAUUUAAGUCUGUAUGUACAGUACAGUAUGAGAUUAAGAGCAUUUUAUGUUAGUCUACACAUCAUAAGUAUUUGUGCAACAUUAGCCAAAUUUGAUAAUAUUUAUGUAAGCUAUUAUUUUCUUAUAAUAUUUCUUGACAUUCAUAAUAAUAUAUAGUGUUACUACACGUUGCAAAU